AUGGCCUACUGCGAGGCCUCCCAGACGCAGGAGCCGGGCACCGCGGCCUAUGCUGGAGACUUCGGCUUCAAGGUUCUCACCUCCAGCGACCCGGCCGAGAAGACCAAGAAGCUGAGCCUGGGUCGGGGUGGGCGUGAGAGGAGUGCCGAGUUGGCAAAUGGCCGACUGGCGAUGAUGGCCAUCAUCGGCAUGCUCCGGGGCUGCAGACCAGAGUUCCCCAAAGUUGCCUCCUUCAAAUGA